UACAGCGCCACUGUCCCCAAGGGAAAGUGAGCUCCACUAUCAGGACCCAGAAGACCUCAGUGAUGAUGGGAGUGAUAAUGGCAGACAGGAAGAAAUGUCAUUGCACCAAGACAGAAUGCAUGAUCCAGUGUCUUCUUCACCAAUGGAAAGUGAGGCCAGACAUCAGGAGACAGGGGGAAGCACUCUAGAGAGUGAAAACGAGGGACAGGCAGAAGACUUGGGGCAGUUGUUUCCUUAUAACUUGGCAGAAUUUGUCCCUGUUUAUCUAGAGGAAGAUGAUGCUCUUGAAGAGGCAAUUCAGCGUAGUCUCCUGGAAGAGUCGGACAUGCCUAGUUCUGUUCAUGUUGUUAGGUCCUCUGAGAUGCUCAGCAGAGAAGAGAUUGCAGGCCUUCUGAAAGCUCAUAGUGAGAGAGUUGUAUCAGCAGGAACAAGACAAGUCCAUAUCAGUCGCGCAAAUGUGUGGAUCACAGCUUUGCGUCCGUUUAAAAGACCAAGUUUUGUGGAAAGCCAUGACAUGCUCUAUGUCAAAUUUGCCAGUGAUGAGCAAGAUGCUGAGGAAGAUGCUGCUGACUUUGGUGGACCCAGACGAGAGUUUUUCCGUUUACUGGUGAAGGCUAUCUUCCAAGACAGCGGAGCUUUUGAAGGCACCCCAAAUGGAUGUGCCCCAAGAUUGAACAUUCUCCACUUGCAACAAGGAGUGUACCGAACCAUUGGCAGAAUGAUGUCAACGAUAAUUGUACAAGGAGGUGAACCACCAGCGUUUCUGUCCCCACAUGUUGUGGACUACAUCGUGUCGGGUGACGUCCUCCAAGUACACGUCACACUUGACAAUAUAGGUGACCCUGGGUUAAGGGAGAACCUCAAAAAGGUUAAACAUGCAGCCACGCAGGAGGAUUUGGAGGAAGCCGUCAGCUGCUGUGACUCAUGGCGAUUUCAAGUCGAAGGUCUCCCACUAACUGUCACCAUGUCCAACAGAGAUGCGUUUGUGAAAAAUGCAGCUCUGUACCAUGCCAUUCUGCAACGGCAGAGCUGUCUUGAUCAACUCACUGAUGGCUUGUCUUACUAUGGGGUAUUGUCCCUCUUGAGAGAGAACCCCUGCUUGCGUGUACUGCUUGACAAACCAGAGGAAGGCCAAGAGCUGGGAGCCAACUUCAUUGCUGGUGUCCUCAAGCCAAGCUACUCUGUUUUGGGGAGUAACAGGAGAGCUAAGGAGGAGAUGACGGUGGUAAAAUUUCGGGAAUUUCUACAGUGUGUGGAAAAUAAAGAACUGCAAGAUGCAUUUGGAGACAGAACUCUAACCAAGGACGAGGAGGCGUUCCUGAAGGCUUUGAGCCCCGGUCACAUCCUGGCAUUUGCUACAGGAAGCAGCAAGGUCCCUGCCAUCGGUUUUCAUCCAACCCCUAAAGUUACAUUUAUUCACGAUGAAAGCAAAAAUUUCCCUAUUGCACAUACAUGUGCUAAUGAGCUUCAGCUUUUUGUGAACACAAAAUUAAUGGCUGAUGAUGAUGAAUUUCACUACUGCUUCCUGGUAGCACUGAUGAAUGGGUCUUUAUUCAGCACCAUCUGAAGAAAUGAAAUGAAAACUAGUCCCUUAGAUUUGUCAUGCACAGAAAAGCAUUAACAAAUGUAGGUCAGGCCUGAUAUGUUUGAAGCACCAGCUACGUUUUUUUCUCUGAUGUUCAGAUGUUAAUUCAUUUUUUUGUGUUGUGUGUUUUCAUGUGUAAAGUUUAAUGAAUCACAUGUGCUUUAUGGGACUCCAUAGGUUCAAAAUGAAAGUUUAACAUGACUGCAUUUGUGUUCCUUAAGCAUUACUACUUAUUACUGUGGUUGUUAUAUUUCAAUAGCCCUUCUAUGUUAAUGCUUCAUGGGAAAAUGGAGUAAACAGGAAUAUAAAGGAA